UCAAGCCGUUCGCUGGUAGAUGCGCGAAGCAAUUCUGACAUUUCGCUAGCAUGGUAGCAAACCAUUUUUGACAUAACAUAUGUUUGUGAUUCAAUGCGGGCUGCCUGCAUAUCCUUACAAGAAAAUAGACACCGGCCAUCUUUCUAGAAAACAGUGUUUGAUUGAUUUCACCAUCAAAAUUUAAUCAGUUUUUAAUGUCAGAACCACAGUCCGCCUUACUACUUAGGAAACAGCUAGCAGAAUUAAAUAAAAACCCAGUUGAGGGUUUUUCUGCGGGCCUAAUAGACGAUAAUGACAUUUAUAGAUGGGAAGUUCUUAUUAUAGGCCCUCCUGAUACCUUAUAUGAAGGAGGGUUUUUCAAGUGUCAUCUGUAUUUCCCUAAAGAAUAUCCUCUGAGGCCACCAAAAAUGAAGUUUGUAACAGAAAUAUGGCAUCCAAAUAUUGAUAAAAAUGGUGACGUAUGUAUAUCCAUUCUUCAUGAGCCCGGAGAUGAUAAAUUUGGAUAUGAAAAAGCCUCAGAAAGGUGGUUGCCUGUUCACACUGUAGAAACCAUUCUGAUAUCAGUUAUUUCAAUGCUUGCAGAUCCUAAUGAUGAGAGUCCAGCAAAUGUCGAUGCCGCAAAAGAGUGGCGAGAGGCAUAUACAGAAUUCAAAAGGAAAGUCGCCAGAUGUGUUAGGAAAUCACAGGAGCAGGAAGAGUGUUAGUAGGGCUUAUAAUUUAAACUUAAAUAUAGCAGGUUUUUUAAAAUGCAGCCAAUCGAAAAACCUCAAUUAAUUUCGUACUGAGGAAUUUUCCCGUCGAUUUAUGAUAAAGCCAAGUAACAAACCUAAGCUACCCGUGUGACCGUUUCUAGAAGGUGAAACCAUUGAACGCUAAAAUUCAACAACCUAUAUUCGAUAGUUUAAAAAUACCUCAUCUAAUUUUAAUAGCUGUUUAGUUAAUAAAACUACAUUUCUUCAUUAGGUCUGUUAAUUUGGCUUACACGCCGUGAGUGAGUAAAGACUCAAGUAUCUGUCUCAAUAACUCAUUGUAAUAUUAAAAAUGACUUUCUUCGGUCGGAUUUCAACUUGUCUUUUUGUGUCUAUUACCUAUAUCGAAAAAAUUAUUUGCUUAAAUGUUUCGGUUAUCGCUCUAUUGGUUUAAAAUGUUUAAAUUGUCUAUGUUCUGUUUUGAUUGUCAUUUUCAUUGGAUAUUAUCGCAGUGUUACAAACCAUAAGAACGAAACUGCCACUUCAUAGAGUAGAUGUGUAUAUCGUAGUAAUGUUUGCUAUUGUUAUGUAGUGGUAUGGUGCCCUUAACAUCAUGAUAAUAUUUGAAUUGAAAACAAUAUUUUACAGUAAUUCGUUCGUCUACCUAUCUAUUAUGAUUUUUAAUUAAGCUUUUGUUAUAAAUGCAUUCGAUUGCAUUGGCAAUUGUCCUAUUCGCUAUCAAUUAAUACUUUGAUUUAUUUGAACGAUCUCCAUGAAACCAAUUGAGAUAUGUAAUAGUAAUACGUAUGCAGCCGCAUCGCAGUUGGGUUUUUAGUUUAAUUUUUACAAUAAAAUCAAUUACAUAUUUGAA